GUGAGCCCAGCUUGUGUGCCAACUGCCAUGACUACCGCAAGAGGGUUAACUAUGAUAAUUUACAUAUUUAAACAUAAAUUUUAUACAGUUCUUUAUUAGUCGCGAAUAUCAAAUUUUUAACCAAACAACACAAAAUGGUGAGAGCUCGGAAAUAUGUGGUGAUAAAACAUUUUGAGGGAGUGCCACACCGAGAUGAUUUUAAAAUCGUAGAAUACGAAUUACCGUCACUAGAGGAUGGUGAAAUUCUUGUUAAAACUGAGUGGGUAAGCGUAGAUCCUUACUUACGAAUUUAUAACAAAAUGCUUCCUGUACCAUUUGACCAAUUUUCUCCUCAAAUAGGAUUGAUAGAGGAAUCUAAGCACUCUCAAUAUCCAGUGGGUACUAGAUUGGUGACUCACAAGGGUUGGUGCGAUCACAGCAUCAUCGACAUGAAUGCACCUGCGACUAACCACAUUGAAGCGAUAUACAAAAUACCAGAUAUGAACGGAAUGUCGCCUUCUUUAGGUGUUGGAGCAAUGGGAUAUUCGGGUCUAUCUGCAUAUUUUGGAUUUCUUGAAAUAUGUAAACCCAAAGCGGGGGAGACGGUAGUAGUAACCGCUGCCGCAGGAGGUGUAGGAUCACUGGUGGGACAAAUUGGCAAGAUAAAAGGUUGUAGAGUGAUCGGUUUCGCAGGGUCAGAUGACAAAGUUAACUGGUUGGAAAAAGACCUUGGAUUUGAUAAAGCGUUCAAUUACAAAACUGUAGAUGUUAAAAAGGUUCUCAAGGAAGCCGCGCCUAAUGGCAUAGAUUGCUACUUUGAUAAUGUCGGAGGUGAAAUGAGCAGCAUUAUUAUAAGCCAGAUGAAUGACUUUGGAAGAGUUUCUGUGUGCGGCAGCAUCAGUGUUUACAAUGAAGACCAUGUAAAUCUACCUAAAGCUUCGGUUUUACAAUUAGAUAUAGUAAAAAAACAGUUAAAAAUUGAAGGCUUCUUAUGCAACCGUUGGGAGAAACGGUACUCCGAAGCAUUUACAGAUCUAGGUCAAUGGAUUAAGUCAGGAAAGCUGAAAUACCGGGAACACGUAACAGAAGGCUUUGACAAUAUUUUUGAUGCAUUUAUAGAACUAUUUCAUGGUCAAAACAUUGGAAAAGCAGUAGUCAAACUUUAACGGUCAAACA